GCUGAGGGGGUGUUUCUCUCCUUGUAGGUGGCCUUCCCUUAUGAAACACUACAGCCCCACCGACUACGUCAAUUGGUUGGAGGAGUAUAAAGUUCGGCAAAAAGCUGGGUUAGAAGCCCGGAAGAUUGUAGCCUCAUUCUCAAAGAGGUUCUUUUCAGAACACGUCCCCUGUAAUGGUUUUAGUGACAUUGAGAAUCUUGAGGGACCAGAGAUAUUUUUCGAGGAUGAACUGGUGUGUAUCCUUAACAUGGAAGGAAGAAAAGCUUUGACCUGGAAAUACUAUGCCAAAAAAAUUCUUUAUUACCUGCGACAACAGAAGAUUUUAAAUAAUCUUAAGGCUUUUCUUCAGCAGCCUGAUGACUAUGAAUCGUAUCUUGAAGGUGCAGUGUAUAUUGACCAGUACUGCAAUCCUCUCUCCGACAUCAGCCUCAAAGACAUCCAGGCCCAGAUUGACAGCAUCGUAGAGCUUGUUUGCAAAACCCUCCGGGGCAUAAACAGUCGCCACCCCAGCUUGGCCUUCAAGGCAGGUGAGUCCUCCAUGAUAAUGGAAAUAGAACUCCAGAGCCAGGUGCUGGAUGCCAUGAACUACGUCCUUUACGACCAGCUGAAGUUCAAGGGGAACCGAAUGGAUUACUAUAAUGCCCUAAACUUAUAUAUGCAUCAGGUUUUGAUCCGCAGAACAGGAAUCCCAAUCAGCAUGUCUCUGCUCUACUUGACAGUUGCCCGGCAGCUGGGGGUCCCCCUGGAACCUGUCAACUUCCCCAGUCACUUCUUGUUAAGGUGGUGCCAAGGUGCUGAAGGGGCGACCCUGGACAUCUUUGACUACAUUUACAUAGAUGCUUUCGGGAAAGGCAAGCAGCUGACCGUGAAAGAAUGUGAAUACCUGAUCGGCCAGCACGUGACUGCAGCGCUGUAUGGGGUGGUGAACGUGAAGAAGGUGUUGCAGCGAAUGGUGGGAAACCUUUUAAGCCUGGGAAAGCGGUCUUUCUGUCUUGUCUUGAAGGUGCUUGACAUCCUCCAGCACAUCCAAACCCUAGACCCCGGGCAGCACGGGGCGGUGGGCUAUCUGGUGCAGCACACGCUCGAGCACAUUGAGCGUAAGAAGGAGGAGGUGGGCGUGGAGGUGAAGCUCCGCUCCCACGAGAAGCACAGAGAUGUCUGCUACUCCAUUGGGCUCAUUAUGAAACACAAGAGGUACGGCUAUAACUGUGUCAUCUACGGCUGGGACCCCACCUGCAUGAUGGGACACGAGUGGAUCCGAAACAUGAACGUCCACAGCCUGCCCCACGGCCACCACCAGCCCUUCUACAACGUUCUGGUGGAGGACGGUUCUUGUAGAUACGCAGCCCAAGAGAACUUGGAGUAUAACGUGGAGCCUCAGGAAAUCUCGCACCCCGAUGUCGGACGCUAUUUCUCAGAGUUUACCGGCACGCACUACAUCCCAAACGCAGAGCUGGAAAUCCGGUACCCAGAAGAUCUGGAGUCUGUCUAUGAGACGGUGCAGAAUAUUUACAGUGCAAAGAAGGAGAACGUGGAGUAGAGUCUAGUGGGGACGUUGCACCUUUGCUGCUGCUGCUAUUGUCCAGGAGAACAGGACCCCGGACGGAGACGUCCCCACGGGCCCCUCUGGAUUCACACCACUGGGAAAGCCCCUUAACCAGUAGUGCUGGUUGCCUCCUACUACGUUCAACUCACGUGUGCUCUCCUCCAGCUGCAAAGACAGUGUUGCUCUCCGCCUACACUAGUGAUUCAUUGAAAGGCACUGUGUGCAGUGGCAUGGCUUGUAUGCUCGUCCUGUGGUGACAGUUGGUGACAUUCUGUCUUCAUGAUGUCUCACAGUCGACACCCUUCUGAUCACUCUUUUCCUCCCCUCUCCAUUAUGUCUGUCUGCAUCGUCUCGGACGUUUCGUUUGCUGGACAGGUGGGCUCGUACGUCCGCAUCAUUUCUUUCUGAUUUCUCUGUGGAUCGUUUUCGCUUCCGAGUCAGGGUUGUCUGUCUUCUCGUCCUGAAUUGAGUGCUUAUUCAGAGGGGAGGCUGGAAGUGAUCUCAGCAGCAUCUUGGAUCUGGAGUCAUUAACAAAUUAAUGGUAAUCAGAAUCGUUUGAAUUUCUUUCUUUCUAACUUUUGACACAGAUUUCAGGCAUUUUAUCUCUUUAUUUGGAUGGAGAGAAUGACACCAUUUCCCUGUCCGGAGUCAUCUCUUGGAUUUGUGCUCAGAUCUCCACGAAUCAUUAGUUUUCUAUUUUAUUACAUAAAAUUCUUGGAGAAAGUGCAUAAUAAUAGCCUUCGUGAAUGGGCUUUUCCAUAUUCAUCUAUUCCUCCCUUUAAAAUAAGUGUAUGUGUUUUUUUUUUAUUUUAAAAAUCUACUCCAGUAACAUAAAUAGAUCUUAAGUCAGCGGUGGGUUCUCUUUAUAGUAGGAAGUACACUCUGAUGUUAAAAUGUCUGCUUUUGGAAACCAUACUCUGUGAUCUCCAAAGACCUAAAAAAGAGGUUUCACAUUUAUAGUCAGAAAAAAAGAAGUAAUGAACCUUAAAAAUCUUUAAAAAGGGCAAGUUUCAUGCCCCCUGUCCUUCCUUAGAAUCACUUCAAGACCUUCUUGAAUGUGGCAGGGUAGAAAUAAGUGGAGUCUCUCCAAUUUGAAGAAUGUUGGAGCAGCGGGAAAGGAGACAAGCGUGCGCCCUGCUUUCUCCAGUCACCACGAAAGCAUCAGGAGGAAGUCUGAGCCCCCCGGGGAGGUCCGGCUUCGUAUCAGGUACCACUGGCGGGGGUGAAGGUACUGAGUCCUUGUGCGGCUCUGAGUUCCCACCAUUCUCAACCUGCCAGUUCUCCAGAGGGCUGGUCUCGUAGUUAACCAGUAGAAGCUAACUUGUGGAGUUAGGACCUAGUUAUUUUACUCUCUAAGCUUGAAAGAGUCCAAUGGCUCUAGUGAAUGAGGCUUUUGGGGGCUGUGGUCCAGUCGUGCCUCACUGCCUGUCUGUCCGUUUGCAUGCAGUAUUUUCACACCGUGUUUGACGACUGCCUCUCGUUUACCCUUUGGAGACCCUGGGCUGACCGAGGUCUGGGGCGGCCACCUAAGACCACUUACUAGCUCGUGACAGCUGUUGAGCGGUUAUUAGAAGGAGAUGAGGAUUUGGCUAGCCAGCUCCCUCCAGCCCAGAUCGGCUGUGGUCCAGGGUCCGUGUUCCUGUCAGUCCAAUCCAAAGUCAGAUGAUUUGGACUCAACAUUUGAAGUUGUGACCACUCACGACACCCAGCCUGCCUGUGGCUAGGGGGUUUUACACUACCCUCAUUUAAAGGUGAAAAUUAGAUACCAUGGCAUUAAUAUUAAUGAAAUGCAUUACUAGGAAUCUGUGGAGCAUGCUGAGAGUUAUAAUCGUUGGUUUUCUCGUUUGAUUUCCUUUUUUCUUAGAGUAACAUCAAAGCCAAGAAAGAUGGUUUUACCUUUACUGACCCAAUGUAAAUAUGUAUCUAGACUGUUUUUAAAUGUGUUUCUUCAUGAAUGCUUCAUUUGGCUCCGGGAAGCCUGUGUCACCUGUGUCAGUUGGUAUUUGGGCACUUUAUAUUUUUCUAAAAACGUGUUUUGGAUCCUGUACUCUAAUAAAUCAUAAGUUUCUUUUUAAAAAUUUUCCAAACAUUUUCUCCAUUUUAAAAAGCCCUGUUAUAAAAGUAGAACUUUCACAAUGUUGAAAUAUUAAAUAUUUGGAUAUAGUAACUUCUUUCCUCUUCAAAUGAAUGCCAAGAUUUUUUUGUACAAUGAUUAAUAAAUGGAACUUAUCCAGAGAAACCACACAAAUGGCCUGCCGGAUUUCGUUCCAGAACAGAAAGCCCAGCCGUGACAACCACAGAAUCUCUGUCACUUCUCAUUCUGAUUGAAAUACGCAAAAAUUUGCUCCCCUGAAUUUUUCUUAACAUUGAUGAGUGAACAGGUUACCUUUCUUUAUACUAUGAUUCCCCUGCCAAACAUAGUUUUAUGAGCUGGCUAGUGAUCUUGAGAGUAUCUGGUUUUAAAAGUGUAAAGAUUGCAGCUUUUUGAUCGUGUGGAGGUACGUGUUAUAAAACAUGCUGCAGAUGCUCUGAGGGAACCUCAGGUUCCUGGUGUGUGUCAGUGCUGAUGACCCCGCGGCCGCCUGACACACGGCUCGCCCAGAGCGUCCCGCAGAGCACUGUUUGUCCCCGCUGCCACACUUCCGACGCAGGAAUAAAGGGUCGUGGCAAGUCACCUGUUUCCUGCACUGCAGUGUUUCUCAAAGCCUUUCAUACAGUGUUGUACCUUGUGACCUCCCAAGAGGCACGUGCAGGGUGGUGUCUUCCUAAUAACUUCUCAGACUCUGGAACUUUCCUCCCCCAGCACACCCACACACAUCCUCGAGGCCCGGUGUUCGCAGACGUGCUUUGGGAAACGCUGUUGCAGUGAGACGUCAGUUAUGUCCAGCGCUAGUCCACCUUACCAGCAAACCAGUUUUGCCAAGAAUCUCGUUUGGAAACAUUACCCAUCUAAUCGGCUUUUGAAAGGCUGGCUUCGUUAUGUCGCUGCCUGAGCCUCGUAAUAGUUCCCCAUUCUAAGUGCGUUUACGCUGCAAAAUCGUGUCACUGCAAAAACCAGUAUUAAUACUGUUUUACGUUUUCUAAUUUCCACUUAAAGCCUUGUUCUGAUUUUAAAACAUCUCAGUCUUUCUUAACGUAUUAAGCUGAGUCAUGCUUUUAUGUCCAAGGCUUUCGUCUGCUACCACCAGGUCCCUUUGCUAUAAAGGGAAAAUGCUUCUUUCCCUUAGACCAUUUUCCAAGUGAGUGAAAUUGGACUACCAGCAGCCUUUUCCUGGGAAACAAUUAUGGCCGUAAUCAUCAAGCUAUAGUUCUUCAAGUUUUUGUUUGUUUUUUCGAGGGAAGGAGAGGCUGUUUACCUAGAAGAAAUGCAGAAUUUGGCUCUGUGACAGUUUGGUUUUGGAGACAUUAACAGCAUUGCAUGUAUUACUCUAUUGCGUGCUUACUUCAAGCCAGGCACCGGCCUAAACUGUUUCUAAUGCUCACAGCAAACCCUUUAAGAUGUGGACCGGGCAGUGAAUAUUUCCAUGGGCCCCACAAGGCCCCUGUCACAUACUCUUCUUUGUUUUGAAAAACGUGAAAAAUAUUUUUAGCUCGAGGGCUGUGCAGACACAGGCCGCAGGCUGGGUCAGGCCGUAGGCUGAGGUCUGCUGCCCCCUGCUGAGGUGUCAGCUCGCCUAGCAUUCUGUUGAGCGGAUGGCUCGUAGGUGGGGAACCUGGCUGUGACCCCAGGGACCUGACCUCUGAGCUCCAGCUCCCCACAACCACACUGCCGAAAACCCCAGCAACUACCUCGCACAUGUUUUUACCCUUUGCCUUGCUGCAGCCCCCUUAACUCCCAGCGUUUCGGUUCUGAAAAUUGAGAGUCUUGAGAGAAAAGAACAUUCCUUCGGUGAAUAAAAUUAUGUGCAAUUAUAGAAGAAAUGUAUUAUGGCCAUUUAGCACUGAUUGUAUUAGGGUAAUGCUAAAUCUGUAAUAAAUAGACAAAAAACUGUA